UCCAACCUCGUUCACUAAAAUUGCCUUGAGAUUCGUUUUCUUUGCCUCGAGAUUCGUGUACCUUCGCAGCUCUUCGCUAAUGGCGAGCUUGCUCUAAAAGCUCCAUCUUUAAUGGCGGAACUCUAGAGCUCUCUCCAUCGAAACCCUUCCAAGAUGUCGUCUUUUUCACUCUCUUCGCUCCUCCUCCUCAUCCUUCUCCUCCUCCCCUUCUUCGCUUUCUCCUCCGAGCCUGGCCUCAACGACGACGUUCUCGGCCUCAUUGUUUUCAAGGCCGACCUCCAAGACCCGAGCUCCAAGCUCCUCGCAUGGAACGAGGACGAUGAUGCCCCCUGUCGCUGGCCUGGCGUGCUAUGCGACCCCAAGACCAGCCUCGUCUCCGAACUCUCCCUCUCCGGCUUCUCCCUCUCCGGGAAGAUCGGCGUCCGUGGUCUUCUCCGCCUUAGAUCCCUCAGGAAGCUCUCCCUCUCCAGGAACAACUUCUCCGGUCCUCUCUCGCCGGAGAUUCUCCGCCUCGAGAGCCUCCGCACUCUUGAUCUCAGCGAGAACUCCCUCUCGGGGCCUAUUCCUGAUGGCUUCUUCUCACAAUGUAGGUCGCUUCGUACCCUUUCUCUGGCCAACAAUGCCUUCUCCGGCGAGAUUCCGGCCAAUGUUGGGUCUUGCUCGACCUUGGCGGCAAUGAAUCUCUCGUCAAAUCAGCUUUCUGGCGCUUUGCCCUCCGGGCUUUGGGAUUUGAAUGCUCUUCGGAUGCUUGAUUUGUCAGAUAAUUUGUUCUCCGGCGAGGUCCCCACUGGAGUUCACCGAAUGUUCAAUCUGAGAACCAUUAGCUUGAGAGGAAACCGGCUCUCCGGCGUCUUGCCGGAGGACAUUGGCGCUUGUUUACUACUAAAAAGUCUCGACCUUGGCCGGAAUUCCUUCUCCGGUGAACUCCCAGUGUCCAUGCAGAGGCUAUCCAUGUGCCAAUAUCUAAGCUUGGGCUCCAACUCUUUCGCCGUUGAAGUUCCUCAUUGGAUUGGAGAGCUGAUAAGGCUUCAGUUUCUUGAUUUAUCUGACAAUAAAUUCUCCGGCGAGGUCCCAGAUUCUAUCAGCGAGCUCACAGCAUUGAAAGAGGUGAAGCUUUCUGGUAAUAACUUCACUGGGAGCUUGCCGGAAUCAAUGGCAGCUUGCAAGAGCUUAUCAGAUGUGGAUUUCAGUAGGAAUUCAUUCACCGGUGGAAUCCCUUCAUGGCUUUUCCAAUCCACGUUGCAGAGAGUUUUGAUAUCAGAGAACAAACUCAGUGAUUCUUUAAGAAUUCCCAAGAUGAAUCAUUCCACAAUCACAGUCUUGGAUUUGUCUGGAAAUGCUUUCUCUGGUGUCAUUCCUGAUGAUAUCUCAAGCAUUCAGAGUGUGCAGUCAUUGAAUCUUUCUCACAAUUCUUUCUCUGGUCAUAUUCAUGCAAACAUUGGCGACUUGAGAUCAUUGGAAAUCAUUGAUUUUAGCCAUAAUCUUCUCAAUGGGAGCAUCCCUUCAGAGAUUGGCAAAUUAAUCUCUCUGAAAUCACUAAAUCUCUCACAAAACAACCUCACUGGUUCAUUGCCUCCAACCUUAGCAAAUUCCAUGAAUCUGCAAACCAUAGACAUCUCCCAUAACAAGUUCUCUGGAACACUUCCUAAGCAACUCUCAGAUCUUCCUCAUCUCCAUUCAUUCAACAUCUCUCACAAUCUCUUCUCUGGCCCAGUCCCCACCGGUCACUUCUUUGACACCAUCCCUGCAUCCUCUUUAUCCGAUAACCCCAGCCUUUGUGGCUCUGCAGUUCAUCGCACCUGUCCUGCUGUCCUCCCGAAGCCCAUUGUUCUCAAUCCAAACUCAUCGUCUCCUAAUAAUUCUAGUCAUAAAGCCUCACCGGAGUUCCUUGGACACAAGAAGACCAUUCUAAGUAUCUCAACACUCAUCGCCAUUGGUGCUGCUGCAGUUAUUGCCAUUGGUGUCAUUGGCAUUACAGUCUUGAAUCUUCGAGUUCGGUCAAUGGCCCCUCACUCUGCUGCUGCAUUGGCUCUCUUUGAUGAUAAUGUCAGCCGGUCGGAAACCACAGAAGCCAACUCUGGCAAGCUUGUCAUGUUCUCUGGGGAACCUGAAUUCAGUGCCGGUGCUCAUGCAGUCCUGAACAAGGACUGUGAGCUUGGUCGUGGUGGUUUUGGUACUGUCUACAAGACGACUCUUAAAGAUGGGAGACCGGUAGCGAUCAAGAAGCUAACAGUAUCAAGCAUGGUGAAAUCACAAGAUGAAUUCGAGAAAGUUAUUAAGAAGCUUGCGAAGAUUAGACACCCGAAUCUUGUUGCUCUUGAAGGCUACUACUGGACUUCAUCUUUGCAGCUUCUCAUAUAUGAGUUCCUGUCUGGUGGAAGUUUAUACAAACACCUCCAUGAAAAUUCAGCAUCAAACACACUCUCAUGGAGAGAAAGGCUCAAUAUAAUUCUUGGCAUUGCGAGGAGUUUAGCUCACCUUCAUCAGCUGAACAUUAUCCAUUACAAUCUGAAAUCGAGCAAUGUGUUGAUAGAUGGCACCGGUGUGCCGAAGGUUGGGGACUAUGGAUUGGCCAAAUUGUUACCAAUGCUGGACAGAUACGUGAUUAGCAGCAAAAUUCAGAGUGCAUUAGGAUAUAUGGCGCCCGAAUUCGCUUGUCGAUCAGUCAAAAUCACUGAGAAGUGCGAUGUUUAUGCAUUCGGCGUACUGAUACUGGAAAUCAUGACAGGGAGACGACCGGUAGAGUACAUGGAGGAUGAUGUUGUCGUGCUCUGUGAUGUAAUGAGGGAGGCAAUGGAGGAAGGGAAAGCAGAUGAAUUUGUCGACGGGAAACUCCAGGGAUGUAUUCCGGCGGAGGAGAUGGUUCCAGUGAUCAAAUUAGGCUUGAUAUGCACUUCUCAAGUACCAUCUAACCGACCCGAAAUGAGCGAAGUGGUGAACAUACUAGAGUUAGUCAGUUGUUCUCAAGGAAGCAGCAUAUGUGCUGAAAUAAGUUGAGUUUUACUGAAACUGACAUCACAUUUUCCAUGUUCAAUCUGCUUAGAAGUUUAAAAGUUAUGUAUGUAGUAUCUGAGAAGAGUUGUUCUCUAUUAUGAAUUGGUUUUGUGUGUGUGUACUUUUGUUUUUCUGUGUAUUUUUGUUUCAUGGCAGUUCAAAUAGAAAGGAACAACACUUAUCUAUCUA